GGCAAUAGUAAGCAUUGUUGAUUAGAUUCAGGUAUUUAAGCUGCCUCAUCUGCCGCUCCCUCCGUGUUGGUGUCUUAUCCUAAACACUUAUCCUCUUAUUCCUUUCAAAUUUCCCUUGAUUGCCGCUCCGCCGCUCUAACGCCCAACAUGAAGCUCCCCGUGACACUUGCUAUGCUUGCGGCCACCGCCAUGGGCCAGACAAUGUGCUCUCAGUAUGACAGUGCCUCGAGCCCCCCAUACUCAGUGAACCAGAACCUCUGGGGCGAGUACCAAGGCACCGGCAGCCAGUGUGUAUAUGUCGACAAACUCUCCAGCAGUGGUGCAUCCUGGCACACCGAAUGGACCUGGAGCGGUGGUGAUGGAACAGUGAAAAGCUACUCUAACUCUGGCGUUACAUUUAACAAGAAGCUCGUGAGUGAUGUAUCGAGCAUCCCCACCUCGGUGGAAUGGAAGCAGGACAACACCAACGUCAACGCCGAUGUCGCGUAUGAUCUUUUCACCGCGGCGAAUGUGGACCAUGCCACUUCUAGCGGCGACUAUGAACUGAUGAUUUGGCUUGCCCGCUACGGCAACAUCCAGCCCAUUGGCAAGCAAAUUGCCACGGCCACAGUGGGAGGCAAGUCCUGGGAGGUGUGGUAUGGCAGCACCACCCAGGCCGGUGCGGAGCAGAGGACAUACAGCUUCGUGUCGGAAAGCCCUAUCAACUCAUACAGUGGGGACAUCAAUGCAUUUUUCAGCUAUCUAACUCAGAACCAAGGCUUUCCCGCCAGCUCUCAGUACUUGAUCAAUCUGCAGUUUGGAACUGAGGCGUUCACCGGGGGCCCGGCAACCUUCACGGUUGACAACUGGACCGCCAGUGUCAACUAGGGUUCUAGAAGUAGCCUUUGAGGCAGAAUCUGGGUAAAUUGACUCCAGCUCGGGAUAAUGAUAGCUUGUUUCUUCGUUCUGGAACGUUGGGCGUGUGAGAGCUAAAAAGUCGUACCCACUCUGAUUGGAAAGACUUAUUCAACAUUGGUCCUUCCCUUCUGUUGGGCAAGGCAUAGUUAGUGAUUAGACAAGUCAAGGUCAUGGUGGAUCCCCUGUAUUCCUAGCCAGCCUUUUCCUAGAAUGGUAAUCCACCCGUAGGGGGAUGAUCAUUAACAAAUGCCAGUCGUAC